AUGCCCUCCUCAGCCAGCGGAUCGGACGACGAAGGCUUCGGCGCCGUUUUCGAGGAGCCGGAAGGAUUCCGCCCUCCCACGCCUCCGCCAACCGUCCGCAACUACAAGCGGAGAAAGUACGGAGGUGUGGGCGAGCGAGUUGGUCCUGAGGAAGUUGAGGUUGGCUUGGUGUCGGGCCAUCCUCUCUGGGGUCACAUCCUCUAUCCCGCCGCCAUCGCAUUAUCCCAAUUUCUCGAACUUCACGCUUCGACUCUCUUGCACGGUCCAGACGGCCAGGGGAAGGGCAAAGGCAAAGCAGUGCUGGAGCUUGGUGCCGGCGGAGGCCUGCCAGGCUUGACGGCGGCGCUCGAAGGCGCAGGAAACGUCGUCAUUUCCGACUUUCCUGAUCCCGCUCUCGUCAAGAACAUCGCACAGAACGUCGAGACGAACGUCAGCUCGCUCGGCUCGACUUCCGUAGCCGAAACCUGCGCCAAGGGUUUCACCUGGGGCUCUCCCGCCGACUCGCUGCUUGAGGUACUAGGCGACCCGUCCAGUUCACGCAAAUUCGACCUCAUCCUCCUCUCCGACCUCGUCUUCAACCACUCUCAACAUGCCGCCCUCCUCAACACCUGUCUCAGCUGUCUCUCCACCACUCCUCCACGACCAUCCGCGCCAGCUCCCGAGACUGAAGCGCCCGCACAACCACCAUGCGACCUCUCCGACCCCUCAACCCUCGCAACUCCCGCCGUUCUCUGCUUCUUCUCCCAUCACCGACCAUGGCUCGUCGACGCGGAUCUACAGAUCCUUGACCUCGCGCAAGAGAAGGGUUGGAAGGUGACGAAAGUGUGGGAGGAUCCCGAGGCUGGCCCUGCAUUCCCGGAGGACGGUGGAGAUCUUGCGAUACGGAGUACGGUGCAUGGGUGGAUGUUCACGCGCGAGCAGUAG